AUGGCCAGCUCACCUUUUAGCAACUCGUCGGCAAGAUAUCGCCUAACUGACCUUUCACGGGGGCAUCGGCUGUGGAGCGCCGCAUUCGCCGCAAAGAGUAUUCAGCCAAUGGACGUAUUGGCCGAAUUCAAGGGGCUGAAGAUCAAAAAGACGGCGACCCUACAGCGGGUAGCGACCUACCGCAAGAUGAACUUUCACGGUUGCGGCGUGUUCGCCGCUGACAUUAUUCAGCCAAUGGAUGCAUUGGCCGAAUAUACAGGGGAGAGGGUCACGAGGACGGUGGCCGGACAGCGGGUAGCGGCCUACCGCAAGAUGGACUUCCACGGUUGUGUCGUUCAAAUUGCGGGAGACUGCUACUUGGACUCGGUGACGGUCGACCCGUUGGCGGAGGGCUGCUCCCCGCGCCUGUUCAACCACUCGUGCCAGCCGAACACGUACCUGCACACGGUGGCGGUCGGGCAGGGGCAGUCCCAGGAAAAGCGCGUGUUCGUGUGCUCCCUCAAGAGCAUCGAGGCAGGGCAGGAGCUUUUUCUCUCGUACCCCGCCCCGGGCACGGUCGGACUGGGGCCGGCGGUGAACAAUCGCGGUUUCCAAUGUAACUGUGAGGCCUGUAGAGCGACUUCCCUCUGA